AGAAGCAACAGCUUCUUUCAUCGCGAGGAUGCCGAACACGUAGCAGCAGUAAAGCGCUACACUGUAACAUCUGUGCGCGCGCGGAGAGACAGAGAGAGAGACAGAGAGAAAGAUAGAGAGAGAGAGAGGAAGAAAGAGAGAUGCUUUGCGGAUUAUUGGGCUUGAAACAGCGGGAGGGAAUUCGGAUAUAGCGCGGAUAUGGAUGUGUCAGUCAGUUAAAGCUUUUUUUUUUUUGCCUUCGUAGUCAAAUUGUGGUUGUGGUUGUGGUUGGAGUUUUUUUUUCCCAGCUCUGGUCAUGUUGGAAGCUUCAUGAUGGAUUAUUUGCUGGUUUUGUGUAGCCUUUUGCUGCCUGUGGUGUCUGCUGUUGAAGAGACACUUAUGGACAGCAAGUGGGCCACAACCGAGCUAGCGUGGACCACCUAUCCAGAAAGUGGGUGGGAGGAGGUCAGCGGCUACGACGACUCCAUGAACCCCAUCCGCACGUACCAGGUGUGUAAUGUGCUGGAGCCCAACCAGAACAACUGGCUUCGGACAGACUUCAUCCCACGCAGAGGUGUGCUGCGCGUCUACGUGGAGCUCAAGUUCUCCGUGCGAGAUUGUGCCAGCAUUCCCAACAUCCCCGGCUCCUGCAAAGAGACUUUCAACCUGUUUUACUACGAGUCAGAUGGAGACACGGCGACGGCAAACAGCCCACCAUGGCGGGAGAAUCCUUACGUGAAGGUGGACACCAUUGCCCCUGAUGAGAGCUUCUCUUUGCUAGAGGCGGGGAUCGUCAACACCAAAUUACGCAGCUUUGGACCACUCUCCAAAGCCGGUUUCUACCUGGCCUUCCAGGACCUGGGCGCUUGCAUGUCCCUGAUCUCCGCCCGGGUUUUCUUCAAGAAGUGCUCCACUACCAUUGCCAGCUUCGCGGUCUUCCCCGAAACAGCGACAGGUGCAGAGGCCACCUCUCUGGUCAUCGCCACCGGCGCAUGCGUACCUAAUGCUGUCGAGGUGUCGGUCCCGCUCAAGCUCUACUGCAACGGAGACGGCGAGUGGAUGGUUCCCGUGGGAUCCUGCACCUGCAUGCCGGGCUUUGAGCCAGCUAAGAAAGACACCCAGUGUCAGGCAUGCACGCCCGGCUCCUUCAAGUCCAAGCAGGGAGAAGGCUUCUGCACCCCGUGUCCACCCUUCAGCCGGGCCACGUCCGCCGCGUCCAGCGUGUGCCCGUGUCAGAACGGGUACUACCGCGCCGACGGCGACUCUCCUGACUCGCCCUGCACCACUGUCCCUUCAGCCCCUCUCAGCGUGAUAUCCAGCAUAAACGAGACAUCUGUGUCUCUAGAGUGGGCGGAGCCACGUGACUCAGGCGGCCGAGCCGACCUCGUAUAUAACGUGGUGUGUAAAAAGUGCGAGCACGACACCUGUGUGCGCUGCGACGACAACGUGGAGGUCGCACCACGGCGCCUGGGCCUCGCCGAGAGACACGCAGCCAUCAGGAACCUGCAAGCUCACACACACUACAGCUUCGAGAUCCAGGCCGUCAACGGCGUCUCACCCAAGAGCCCCAUCACGCCGCGCUACGCCACCGUCAAUAUAACCACCAAUCAGGCGGCACCUUCAGCUGUACCCACGGUGCACCUCAUGCGCUCCACAGCGAGCACCCUCAGUCUGUCCUGGCUGCCUCCAGAGCGACCCAACGGCGUCAUCUUAGAUUACGAGAUCAAGUAUCAGGAGCAGGGUGAAUCUUUCUCUCACACGGUCACAGCUCAGACCAGCUCAGCGAGGGUGGAGGGGCUGAAAGCGGGGACGGUGUACACGGUGCAGGUUCGCGCUCGCACCGUGGCCGGCUACGGCAGCUACAGUCACCCAGUGGACUACAGCACCAGUCUACAUGAUGAUCCGGAGCGCUCUGUGCAGGACCAGCUGCCCCUCAUCAUCGGCUCGGCCUUGGCCGGCUUCGUCGUCAUCGUGGCCACAGUGGUCAUCGCUGUUCUCUGCCUCAGGAGGCAGCGCACAGGCUCUGAGCUGGAGUACACAGAGAAGCUACAGCAGUACGUGUCCCCGGGUGUGAAAGUCUACAUCGACCCUUUCACUUACGAGGACCCCAACGAGGCGGUGCACGAGUUCGCCCGUGAGAUUGACAUCUCCUGCGUGAAGAUCGAGGAAGUCAUCGGAGCAGGGGAGUUUGGAGAGGUGUGUCGAGGGAGGCUAAAGCAGCCCGGCAGGAAGGAAGUGGCCGUGGCUAUCAAGACUCUGAAAGCGGGCUACACGGAGCGUCAGAGACGCGACUUUCUGGCCGAGGCGAGCAUCAUGGGCCAGUUCGACCACCCCAACGUCAUCCACCUGGAGGGAGUGUUGACCAGGAGCUGCCCAGUACUGAUAGUUACCGAGUUCAUGGAGAACGGAGCUUUGGACUCCUUCCUCAGGCUCAACGACGGCGGGUUCACGGUGACGCAGCUCGUCGGCAUGCUGCGAGGCAUCGCGGCCGGAAUGAAGUACCUCUCUGACAUGAACUACGUCCACCGCGACUUGGCAGCACGGAACGUCCUCGUUAACAGCAACCUGGUGUGCAAAGUUUCCGACUUUGGCCUCUCACGCUUUCUGGACGAGAACUCGUCCGACCCGACCUACACCAGCUCCCUGGGUGGAAAAAUCCCAAUCCGCUGGACAGCCCCCGAGGCCAUCGCCUUCCGCAAGUUCACCACAGCCAGUGACGUGUGGAGCUACGGCAUCGUCAUGUGGGAGGUGAUGUCGUUUGGAGAGCGGCCCUACUGGGACAUGAGCAACCAGGAUGUGAUGAACGCGGUGGAGCAGGAUUACAGGCUUCCUCCACCCAUGGACUGUCCAGCCGUUCUUCAUCAACUGAUGCUCGAGUGCUGGCUGAAGGAGCGUAACGCACGGCCACGCUUCGCCCACAUCGUUAGCACGCUGGACAAGCUGCUACGCAACGCCGCCAGCCUCAAAACACUCACCUCCGCACACUCAGGGGAUCUGUAUCGUAUCGGCGGGACCCUGCCUGGCCACCAGAGGAAGAGUUUAGGCGGCGUGCAGGACAUGAGACAAAUGAGCCAAACUCUCCCCAUCCGAGUCUGAAGCGAGUGUGAGUCGGAAACCAGACCGCACCUCUGAGGAACAUUUCAUCAUUAAUAACACCACCGGAGACUUGGAGAACCUCCUUCGUGCAGUAUUUUGGAAUUAUAUAUCAUCAAACUCCAUCAAACCUGAGCAACUUUGGAGAACCUUUGGGCUUCCCUAAACGGAAACUACUCCUGGUCUAUAGGCAGUGUGUGUAUAAAUUACUCGGAUUGUAUUCACUUCUUUUUUUUUCCCUCGUCUUUGUUUUUUUUGUUUUGUUUUGGUUUUUUUUUUUUUUUGCACUGGACGAUUAUUACGCAGCUCAAUUCCGUGUUUUUUUUUUUACUACUCAGGUUCAGUUUGCAUGCAUGCAUGUUUCUCUAACUGCGAACCUUUGAAAGAAGGAAAAAAAAAAAAAAAGUAACAUGGCUGACGAUGAAUAAGAACCAGUAGAGGGGUAAGCAUCUGGUUCGCAUGCUACCGGAUUGCCUUUAGCUUUCCUGCAUUAUUAACGGUAGCGUUCUGGGUGUUCUCUUAAUGAAAUCCUUCCGUUUGUGAGUUUCUGGAGGCGAUACAGAGUGAAGAAUUACAAGCUAAAUGAAUAAUAUUUGACAUGAAUUAAAGACAUGAAUUAAUAUGCGAGCCCCAAAUAGAAAUGAAAGGGUUUGCUGUCGGCCUGAGGACAUUUUCAAUUCCUUUUUUUUUUUUCUCCGAGACUUCUCUUCUGAUCUUCAUAUUGAAGAAAAGAAGGGCGUAGAAGAAAAGAAAAGAUUUUUUUUUUUCCAAAGGGGGAAAAAAAUGAUCACCUGAGGAGGUUGAGAACUUCAAGAACCCUUUGAACCGAAGCGAAGUCGACUCCUGCGUGAAUACGGAAGCGUUUUGUUUACCUCUGUUGUAUUUCGUCUUCCAUGUUCCAGUAUUAUGACAAAUCUCCUCAUGGACUGUGAUCUUAGAAUUCCUGUUAACUGUGACUGAGGAGGAUGUUAUGGAGUGUGUGUGUGUGCGUGUGUGUGCGUAUGUGUGGGUGUGUGUGGGUGUGUGUGUAUACUGUAUGUGUCCAAAUGAGAUUCAUAUGCAUGCUAGAUUUCAGAGCUCUGUGAUUGAUCAUAUUUCGUGAAGAGAGACAACACAUGGACUGAUGAAAGCCGUUGUUUAACGGCUAUUCCUAUUACCAGUAAUUCACUCUGUCGCAAAAUAUGCAUAAUUCUGUAAAUAAAUACGGCUCAUACGACACUAA